CACACCAGCAGUUGUUGACUUUUAGAAGAUGAUCCCAUCCCCUUCCUUUAUAUUAGCUUCUUAUCAUACUCAUCCAAUCAUCCUUGACUCUUGAGCAGAUUAAUUUGCAUUUUGCAAUGUCAAUUUCAAACUCCUUAACUAAAUUGUUGCUAUUUCUUCUGGGCAUAUCACCAAUCACCUUUCUACACCCGAAAUUUCCAAUCAAAGAGGCUACCAUACAAGAUCUCCAAACUGCCUUUCAACAAAACAAACUUACAUCAAAGGAGCUAGUACAAUUCUACCUACAACAAAUCCAGAAACUCAACCCAACCCUCAGAGCGGUCAUAGAAGUCAACCCGGAUGCUCUGAAGCAGGCGGAAGAGGCCGAUAGGCGUCGAGCAAAACUGAACAAGGGUCAUCACUCAUCCUUAUAUAAAGCAGCUACUUCACUGCUAGAUGGGAUACCAAUAUUGUUAAAGGACAAUAUUGCAACAAAGGAUAAACUGAAUACAACUGCAGGAUCAUAUGCAUUGUUGGGUUCAGUUGUCCCAAGGGAUGCUGGGGUUGUCAAGAGACUAAGGAAGGCUGGGGCUAUCAUUCUUGGGAAGGCUAGUUUGAGUGAAUGGGCUAACUUUAGGUCUACUGCUGCGCCUGGUGGCUGGUGUGCUAGAGGUGGUCAAGGCCAGAACCCUUACAAUCUAUCAGCAAAUCCUUGUGGCUCAAGCAGUGGAUCAGCCAUAGCAGCAGCUGCAAACUUGGCAGCAGUUACUCUUGGGACUGAAACAGAUGGCUCUAUACUUUGUCCUUCUAGCACCAACUCAGUUGUGGGAUUCAAACCCACCCGCGGUCUGACAAGCCGUGGUGGGGUCAUACCAAUCACUCCUACACAAGACAGUGUUGGACCUGUCUGUAGGACUGUGGCAGAUGCAACUUAUGUUCUGGAUUCCAUUGUAGGCUACGAUCCUUAUGAUUCUAAAGCGACAAGGAAUGCAAGAAAAUACAUACCCCAAGGUGGAUAUGCUCAGUUUCUAAAGAUUAACGGUUUAAAAGGGAAGAGGUUGGGAAUCGUAAGAGAUCCGUUCUUUGAUUAUAUUAAAGGGUUUCCCAUACAGGACACAGCCUUUAAGCAACAUUUCGAUACUUUAAGGGGAAAAGGAGCUGUAUUAGUUGAUAAUAUAAUAGUACCCAACAUUGAAGCAAUUAUGUCACAGAAUAAUGAGCUUACGGUGAUGCUAGCUGAGUUCAAAUUAUCUUUGAAUUCCUACUUAAAACAACUGAUCAAGUCCCCAGUUCGAUCUUUGGCCGAUGUAAUAGAAUUCAACAACAAACAUGCCCAAAAGGAAAUGAUCAAAGAAUAUAAUCAAGAACUAUUCAUUGCUGCUGAAGCAACAAAUGGAAUCGGACCCAAAGAGAACGAAGCCCUAGCAACGUUAGCCGAAUGGACGAAAGACGGGUUCGAGAAGGUUAUGGCAGAACAUAAGUUAGAUGCAAUUAUAACACCUGCUUAUUAUUUUUCAAGUGUUCUUGCCAUUGGAGGAUUCCCAGGAAUAAGUGUUCCUGCUGGAUAUGAAAAAGAUGGUGUGCCAUUUGGUAUAUGCUUUGGAGGCUUAAAGGGCACUGAACCUAAACUUAUCGAGAUAGCCUAUGGUUUUGAGCAAGCUACACAAAUUAGAAAGCCUCCUGUACUUUAAUUAAUUAAUAUUUGUUUCCCUAAAACUGUUAUCUCACAACUUGGUUUUUGUAUUAUUACAACAUUUACAGCCUAUUUAUAUUGGUAGGCACUAAUAAAUUAUUUUUUGGAAUGUGUGAA